AUGAUUGCAGCAGUGGAAUCGGUCAUUAAUCAGACGGAAGCGACAGAGGAGACGAAGAACCUUAUCCGACACCAAGUUACGUCCCUCCUUAUGACUCACAAGCCGCGUGAAACACUCACAAAGGUCGAACGACAUGCACUAAGAGAACUCAAGGCCGACAAGGACAUCGUCAUUGUGCCCGCGGACAAGGGGCGUUCCACCGUCGUACUGGACAGAACAGACUACCUUCAGAAGGCCAAAAACCUACUGGAGGAUCGCAAGUUCUAUGUCCCAUGUGAAACCAACCCCAUAAAAACGCUGACACGUGAAAUUAAUGCAACACUGUUGGCACUGGAGAACUCGGGUGCAAUAACAGCGACCGACCGACGCAUGGCGAGAGCCCAAGAAACGGCUUUGGCCCGAUUCUAUGGUCUCCCAAAGGUGCACAAGGAGGGCGCUCCUCUCCGGCUCAUUGUUUCGCUCAAAGGCACUCCAACGUACGGACUGGCAAGAUGGCUGUUUCGGCGCCUCAAAUUUCUGACCGCUGAUUCGGACACCACGGUCUGUUCGUCAACGCAAUUCCUGGAGAAGCUUAAAGGAGUAAGUCUCUUGCCCAAUGAGGUCAUUGCUGGCUGUUUCAUUGCGGUGGGGAGUGAAGGACUGAUAGGUUAUGCUCACUGAAGCCAGCUCAUUGCAGGAGGAAAUGACAAAAAUGGCCUACAGUCCCCUCUCCGACUGUCCGCAAACCCCGUUUCUACCAGUUAUUUCUGCUGGCAACAGUUGGCUAAAAUUUCAAAAAGCCCUUCACUUGUUAGACUUGUUUAGUCUAAAGAGUUAAUGCAACUAACCCCAGCGUUAUGAAAAUUUGAAGAAUCCUGCUUCAGAGUUGUGAAAAUCCCCAUAGCAAUAGUCAGAAAACAAAGCAGUGAGCAGGCCGGUACAGUUAUAUGGGAAAAGUCGAUUAAAUUUGACUUCAAAACACAGGCGUGGCGAGGGCAGAAGGACGCAGAAAGUUGCAUGUGGUUGGUCAGCCUUUGGCUACGGUAAGCGCGGAGCCUGAACGAGGUUCUUAUGAGCACAUAGAGUCAGUUUGCGUAACCUGAUUGCAGCCGAUUCUGCUGUUGCUAACAGACGCCGGCCCAGUAGCGUAGGAUAGCCCGAGCAAUCUUUGUAAAUCUCACGGAAAGCUUCAGGGGAGUUCACAUGAUGUCCUGAAUCAACUACAUACUUAUGCUCCUAAUUUUGCCUUUUGCCAAAAGUGCAGAAAGGUGUUCUCAUAGUCUUUUGGAUAUACGGCCACUAUAAACUGCUCCACAGGAGCAAGUGAACAAAUAGAUCCCCAUUGAGGUGGUCUGAGGUUGCAGCCAAUCCUUAUCUUCUCCGCGUAAAAUAUUGGAGGUAGAGAAUGAUAGUUGAGUCCUUGCUGCUGAGAAGGUUCACGAGAGAGCAUGGUCAGGACGUCUUCUUGUGAGUUCAACCGCAGCGUCUCCUUAAAAAGGGAUUUUGGGAAACAAAGGGUUUUUUCGACAGUCAGUAUGGUGGGUCCAGCUAUUGUGUCGCGUUCAUCAUCCCCCGAAGAGGACGAAGAAGAAGUGACAGCAAAUUCAUUGACCGAAUUGUAUUGGAACUGACGUUUAGGAAACCCUCUCGUUUCCAUCAUCAGAGGAAUGUGUUGGAUGUUCCUGCUGGCCUUGAUUGCUUCAGCCUUGAUGCCUGCCUGGUAUUAUAUCAGUGCUCGAGGCACGAACUAUGACCUGCCCGCUCGCUGCCGAUUAGCCUUGAGCUCUUCGCGAUUGACCGCCGGUGGGCUCAUGUCACCUCUGACCCUUUUGCGGCCGUCGUAAUUGUUGACGAGCCAGCAUGCUUGUCAGCCUCCCCUUCGUCACUCAUCGGACUGAUCAGUUGUUGUAGCUCAGCCUCGUGGGCGUCGCGGUGAGGUGGCGUCCCAUGCUAGUCUCAAGACAUCCGGCCGGCGUCUCCUAUUUUCCGCUGGCAUCGGCUGUUGGCUACGCGCGACAUUGUUCGACUGCCCUAAUGGCCUUGUCCGCACUGACUCGGACCUUGUGCGUAGUCCCUGGUAGGCGGGAUGCAGAUCUAUGGCUCUCUUAGGUGUGCCAGUCGAGGACCAACUUUCGAGCAUAAGUCUGGCCAUCUUAUCAUUGGCUCGGCCGAUUAUCCUUGCCUUCUCGGAGGCGAAAUAUGGUUUUUCUGUUGUACGUGGCCAUUAACCAUAGACAGGUUUUCCUUGGUCAUGCAAUCUCGUGCCAAAACGUUUGUCCGUUUCACCAACAUACCUCGCAUCAUAGUCUUGGCAUGGCAUGCUGUAGACCACCGCCGCUUGUUCUGUCACUGGCAGCGGGUCUUUGGGCCUCAUUAUUUACUGCCGGGUUGUUGACUCUGGCUUAUGAGCCAGACCGAUCCCGAAAGGCUUCAGGAUUCUUGCCGUCGACUCUGAUACCUUUUUCACAUAAGGGAUUGCGAGCCAAAACUUCGGGUUUUCUCCGUCCGACCGCCCAGGGUGGGGCGUCCUAAGACAUUUGAGGAUGUAGGACGUGAGAUAUCCGUUGGCUUUAAAUAGAGCGGGCAAGUACUUACUCUCCUUCUUCCUCCCAUUGUCGUCGUUUCAGUGUGUUUGAACGCCUUGGAAGAGGGUUCUGGCACAACUGCGUUUAUGACCAACGGGGUGGUUGCUUCUGAAGUGGAGGAUUCGCCUGGUGUUAGCUGCCUUACAGUAGACCGUUGUCCCUAUCUUCCCGUCUCCCAGCCUUGUCACUUGUACGUCAAGGAAGGCCAAAUGAUUGUUCAGCUCUUCUUCCAUAGUAAACUGGAUGUCGGGAAAGAUUCAAUUCAACAGGGCCUUGAAAGUCUGCACAUUGCUCCUUUUGAUGAUGACGAAAGUUUUAUCGACUUAUCUGACCCAGAACUUCGGAGGGUGCAAGCUAAAGACCAGCCGCUCGGGCCUCUGCAAAACCGCUUCGGCAAUGAACCCAGAAAAGGCGAGCCCAUCAGUGUCCCCUUCCUUUCUCGUAGACCUUUCCGUUGA